CCUCGACGUUCAUCCCCUCGACGCUCUUCUUCCCUUCGACGCUCUUCCCUUCGACGCUCUUCCCUUCGACGCUCUUUUCUCCAGCAACUCACAUCACCAACGAUCAAGAUGCCGAAAGCAGAAGCAGGAUCAACGAAAUACCUAAACAACAAGCUCAAGUCCAAAGGACUUCAGCGUUUACGAUGGUACUGUCAAGUCUGCGAGAAGCAAUGCCGUGACGAGAAUGGCUUCAAAAUGCAUUCUCAAAGCGAGUCCCAUGUCCGACAAAUGCUCCUCGUUGGCGCAAAUGCGAGCAAAUUCAUCAAUGAUUUCAGCGGCCAGUUCCAGCGCGACUUCCUGCAACUUCUGCGAACAUCCCAUGGCGAGAAACAGGUCCAUCUUAAUCACUUCUACCAAGAAUAUAUCUCGAACAAAGAGCACGUUCAUAUGAAUUCUACAAAGUGGCCGUCGUUGACGGAGUUUGCCAAGUUCUUGGGCAGAGAGGGUAUCUGUAGGGUAGAGGAGAAUGACAAAGGUCUUCAUGUUGCGUGGAUCGACGACUCCCCCGAGGCGUUGAGAAGGCAGGAUGCGAUCAGGAAGAAGGAAAGGCAGGAUAAGGGUGACGAAGAGAGAGAGCAGAUGUUGAUUCGAGAGCAAAUACGAAAGGCUCAGCUGGAAGCAGAGGCAAAGGGAGAGGGAGAACCUGAAGAUGAGGAGAGGGAGCUGAAGCGUGCCGAGGGGGAGAAGAUCAAGUUGAGCUUCGGCGCAAAGCCUACAGCAUCAAAGCCCGAAGAAAGCAAGCAGAGUACUGGUUCGCCCCCAUUAGCUGCUACAGACUCGCUCGAGUCCAAAGAAGGGGGGAACAGUUCGGAGAAGGAGGGAGACCUGUCGAAAGCUCCAGCACCCGGAAAGGUAUCGCUGAAGAUGGGUAUAUCCAGCAAACCGAAGAAUGUGUUCGCAGCGGCCAAAAAGAACGCUCUUGGGGGGAAGAAGUCUCUUGCAAUUGAGCAACCCAAGAAGAUGAGCGAAGCGGAGCGUAUCAUGAGGGAAGAGAUAGAGAGAAAUAGCAAGAGAGGCGCAUCUGGAUUCGGUGGUCCUUCACAGAAGAGACAAAAGUUCUAGAGUCGCAGUCAUGGUCACGGUAGCAUCGCAUUGGCGCAUGGGUUAUGGGGUUGGACGAAAUCGGCGUUGCUUCGAUACCAUUUGCAUUGUUCUGUGGAG